CCAAACGCACGAUAAUGUCCCGUGCUAUUUUAUCUCCAUAAAUACAAUCGCGACUCGCGAUGUUUCAGCGUAUUUGAGGGAGGCUAGUCAAGAUGCUGAGGAUACUUUCACUUCUUGCUCUUUUAGUGGUUAUUUCUGCUGUCUCGUUUGGGAAACAGGGGAGAUCUUGCUACAACCGGAAGUUCGAUGAAAACAUACCGGAAGUCGUAAAGACCCCAAGACCUCACGAGUACAUCUUCAUAGUACCCAAGGCGUUUGACUGGCGUGAUGUGAAUGGCACCAACUAUGCCAGCACGACAAGAAACCAGCACAUCCCUCAAUACUGUGGCUCGUGUUGGGCCCACGGGACGACGAGUGCCAUGGCCGACCGUAUCAACAUUCUCAGGAAAGGCAAAUGGCCGUCCGCCUAUCUCUCAGUACAACAUGUACUUGACUGUGCUGACGCCGGUACCUGUCACGGUGGAGGAAUGCUUGGUGUCUACAAGUAUGCCCAAACUCAUGGUAUCCCAGAUGAGACUUGUAACAACUACCAAGCCAAGGACCAGGGUUGCACUGACUUCAACCAGUGCGGCACAUGCACUUCCUUUGGGGAUUGUCACGCAAUCCGUGUUUAUAAGCAUUGGAAAGUCAGUGAAUACGGUCGCGUGAGUGGUCGUGACAGGAUGAUGGCGGAGAUCUUCGCGCGUGGUCCGAUCGCGUGUGGUAUCGAGGCUACAUCCCGGCUUGAGCAGUAUACGGGAGGCGUGUACACAGAGUACGACCCGAAUCCUCAGAUCAACCAUAUCGUGUCGGUAGUGGGGUGGGGUGUGGACGACGGCGUGGAGUACUGGGUCGUGCGUAAUUCCUGGGGAACCCCAUGGGGGGAGAACGGUUUUCUGAAGAUUGUGACGAGUAGUUACAAGAACGGUCAAGGAAAUGACUACAAUCUUGCCAUUGAACAAGACUGCGCGUUUGCCGUGCCGAUUGUAUGAGUUUGAUUACCCUCUAAAUAAAAAAAAUGAUAUCUCGUC